UAUAUAUAUAGAGAGAGAGAGAGAGAGAGAGAGAAAGGAAGAGUCUUUAAACAAAACGAAAAUCGUUAAAUACGUGAUACAUAGUGCGCAAAAGAAAUGACAGUGAUAUUUUUUAAUGGAUAGAAUCAUUUUAUAAAUCACGGAGUAUAAGAAAAAUGAAUGAUCGUAAAGUGGUAAUAAUAAAUCAUUGGAAGAAGUGACUCUGGUUAAAUACUUUAUUCUCGUAAGGGUUUAAUAAAAAUCAAUCGCUCGUUGUAUAGAACAUAUCAUUAAAAUGCAAACUAGGGGGGCCGAUUGGGACAUGAUGAUAAAGAUUCGUUAUAGCUGUUGUUAAAGGAUUUCGUUCCUUCAACAAACAUAAGCUGCUAACUAUGGACACCGGCCAAGUUUCUAUUCCAAUCAUCGAUCCUAUAGAAAUAUGUAUGAAUAUUUUUAGAAUGACUAUCAAUUAUUCGAAAUCAACAAGAAUCUAAAUACUUAUCCAUCGACAUACAUAUAUAUAUAUAUAUAUAUAUACAUAUAUAUAUGUGUGUGUGUAUAUUAUCGUCGACCGAUAGAUAGUAUGACCUUUUGAACUAAAAUGGGUGAUAGUACACUUACGCUCGAAGACGAAACUCAGAACGCUCACAGUAGAAGAUCAAGCACCGUAGGUGACGCUCCGCAAAACGUUUCCGAGUUGAGCAUCAGUGAAUCACAUUUGAGUGAUAACACAAGAUCGAUCGAAUCGGGUGAUGCAUCGUCGAUUACGUCGACGAGAUCGACACCAGCUAAAAGUAACAGUAAAUCGGGAAGCAUUUCUACUACUUCUUCGAGUAACGCCAAGUCAACAACAGCUUGGAAUCAUUCGAAUAGAGAAAUCCUUUACGAGUCAGACAAGAACAACAUACUGCCAUAUCUUUCAAUCGCAACGGAAAAUCCAUCGAAACCUGGCUCGCCAAAAAUUCCUAGAAAAACGUCCAAAACCAGUGUAUACCCAUCUGGGACCAAUUUGACGGCACGUGAUGCAUUUGGUCCUAAACUUACGGCCCCGGGAUCACCGGAAAGUAGUCCAUCGUUACCGAAUACACCAUUCCCCACGGAUUUUGAUGAAAUCGCAAAGGAAAGUUUAUCUCGUAAAGGAUCAUUCGCCGAAAAUGAAAUCGCUUCGGACACGUUAUAUUUUCGUGAUGGCCGAAGACGAAUCGAUAUGGUGCUCGUUUAUCAAGAAGAAAACGAGGGUGUCCUGACGGAAUUGGAGACAAAACGAAGAGAACAGAGACGUGCAUUUCAACAAAGUCUUUUAACGGAAGGCUUGCAACUCGAAUUAGAACCAAAGGAAAAUUCUUUUGAUGGUAAAACGUUUUUUCUCAAACUUCAUAUACCCUGGAAAAUAAAAAUACAAUAUGCCGAAGUUAUGAAUUUGAAAUUACCAACAAAAAGAUUUAUCACUAUAUCAGUCAAAGCAUGGGGUACGGAUGGUACAAAAGGAAGGCCCAAAUUUUGGGAUAAAUGGUUAAAGUGGACCAGCUGGAUACGAAAACUUCAUCAAUGGGAUACCGAUCGAUAUCCCGAAGAACCUAGUUUUUAUGACAGUGUUGAUUCUGGUGAUCGAGAAGAAAGAUUCGUCGUAAAGGAUCGAGAUACCGCAUACACGCCAGCGCAGAGAUCGUUAAUAGUGAUGCAAAUAUUGUUACGUGCAAGAUACGACGAAGCGCAUGAUAAAGUUGGGAUUCGUAGACUUGUUGCAGAUGGUACUUAUCUCGAUUGUUAUCCCUUGCACGAAGGACCAUACAACAAGCCAGAGAACAAUGGUGAAGUUUUAGACAGACAUUUGCUUUAUUUGAUAUGGGCUAGUCCAAUGCAAUGGUUUAAGAAACAACCAUUGUGGUUGAUAAGACGAUACUUUGGUGAAAAAGUAGCUCUAUAUUUUGCUUGGCUUGGUUUUUACACGGAAUGCUUGGUUGCACCAGCUGUGGUUGGUCUUCUAUGUUUUAUAUAUGGUCUAGGAAGUAUGGAAGGACCGGAUAACGUACCAAGCAAAGAAAUAUGUGAUGAUAAGAUAGCCGGAAAUAUCACGUUAUGUCCGCUCUGUGAUAAAGCUUGUGGUUAUCAAAGACUCGGUGAAUCUUGUAUAUUUUCUAAGUUAACAUAUCUGUUCGAUAAUCCUGCGACCGUUUUCUUCGCCAUUUUUAUGUCAUUCUGGGCUACGACGUUCUUAGAAUUAUGGAAACGGCGACAAGCUGUUCUCGUUUGGGAAUGGGAUCUUCAAAAUACAGAAGAUGACGAGGAACCUAGGCCCGAAUUUGAAACGUCAGUGAAAACAUUUCGCAUAAAUCCAGUUACCAGAGAACGUGAGCCAUAUUUACCAGCAUGGUCGAAAGUUAUGCGAUUUUUUGCUACUGGUUCCCUUGUGUUUUUUAUGAUAUGCGUUGUCCUUGGUGCAGUACUAGGUACAAUAAUAUAUCGUAUAUCUCUCGUUUCGGUAUUUUACGGUGGCGGUGGUGCUUUCUUACAAAAACACGCAAAGAUAUUCACUUCGAUGACAGCAGCCUUGAUCAAUUUAGUGAUAAUCAUGAUACUUACACGUAUAUAUCAUCGAUUAGCUAGAUGGAUGGUAAACAUGGAAAAUCCAAGAACUCAAACCGAAUACGAAUCUAGUUUCACGUUCAAGAUAUUUCUUUUUGAAUUCGUUAAUUUUUAUUCUUCUCUGAUUUACAUAGCAUUCUUCAAGGGAAGAUUUUUUGUACAUCCUGGCGAUCAAGAUGCUAGAUCAUCCGAAUUCUUUCGUAUAAAGACAGACGUCUGUGAUCCAGCAGGUUGUCUCUCUGAAGUAUGCAUUCAAUUAGCUAUCAUAAUGAUUGGCAAACAGUGUUUCAAUAAUUUCGUUGAGAUUCUAUCUCCAAAAUUUUGGAAUUGGUGGCGCAAAAGAACUCAGAUCGCUGCUACGAAGGAUCAUGGCAGACAAUAUACCUCCUGGGAAAGAGAUUAUCAAUUACAAGAUCCUGGAAGACUCGCACUUUUCGAUGAGUAUUUAGAAAUGGUUCUUCAGUAUGGUUUCGUAACUCUCUUCGUAGCAGCGUUUCCAUUAGCACCAUUAUUCGCUUUAUUAAAUAAUAUCGCGGAAAUAAGAUUGGAUGCUUAUAAGAUGGUGAAAGAAUCACGAAGACCUUUGGCAGAAAGAGUGGCAGAUAUAGGUGCUUGGUAUGGUAUUCUUCGUGGUGUCACUUACGUUGCUGUGGUAUCAAAUGCAUUCGUUAUCGCUUAUACCUCAGAUUUCAUUCCACGAAGUGUCUACGCAUUUGUAUAUUCUCCAACGGAAGAUUUAGUCGGUUAUAUUGACAGUUCUCUAUCAGAAUUCAAUACUUCUCAUUAUCGUGACGAUAUGAAAAGCGAUGCAGACAAUAAACAUCCAGAAACAUGCCAAUACAGAGGAUACAGAAAUGGACCUGAUCACAAAUUAGAUCCUUACGGACUAAGCCCACAAUAUUGGCAUGUUUUUGCAGCACGAUUAGCUUUCGUAGUUGUUUUCGAACAUGUCGUUUUUGGAUUAACUGGGAUAAUGAGUUAUAUUAUACCAGCUGUACCUCGUGCCUUGUCGACACAACUUCAACGAGAACGUUUGUUAGCACAAGAAGCUAAAUACGAAAAGGGUUUAAAAGGUAGAGAAGAUGAAGAGGAUAUACUUUCUGUUUUAAGGGAAGCUGGAAGUAUAGGUAGACCUGCUGCUGCUGCUGCUGGUAGAACCAAUUGGGCAAGACGUUUCAGUAAAUUAAGCGAUGGUUUAGAUGCCCAUGUUGAAGUUGGUUCGAGAGUACAUAGAUAUAGUGACAGUUCCACUAUGUGGGAGGUCACUUAAAUUAUUCGUCGUAUUUUCUCUCUCUCUCUCUCUCUCUCUCUCUUUCUCUUUUUCUUUCUAUCUCGUUCAAUCGAAAAUCUUAUUCAAAGAUUUUCGAUUAUUGUGAUGUAUAUUAUUAACAGUUGUAUAUACUAUGU